GAUUCGGACAUCCCUGAAAGGACUGACGUGUUAAUGUCAGUGUAUGGACUGCCUCGUCAGACGUCUUCAUCGCUGCACAGUACGGCGCUCAGCUGCGGCUGGACAUGUCAAAUAUAUAUGAUAGACCUCACGAAAUUCUGCUCCGGUGGCUGCUCUCGACAGCCGACAAGGCGGCGGUUUACACGGAAAAGGAAAGAAUCCGAAGGUCGGUAUUCAACUCCGAACUGCAGACAAAAGACGGAGGAUGCGCGAUGUCGUGUUUGCGGAAAUGUUUUAGGUGGAGGUGUCGUUGAUGACAAACCAGGACCAAAGAUGAGGAAGAGUUUUGAUAAUGGCUUUAUUGCUGAAGUUAUUAUGCGGCUGCUGCUUUUAGGUGUUUUUCUUGUGACUGAGGAGCUUCCUCCAUUCAGCCGUGAGAUCCAGCCUGAGGAACUCUGGCUCUAUAAGUUCCAUCCCGUCAAAAAGGACCGUGUUCCUACCCGCUUCAUGUUUUCUAUCGCCCUCUUCACUCCAUUGCUGGUUAUUUUCUUAUUUGCCUUAUUGAAAAAAGGAGGAAAGGGAGAUAUGAAAGAGGCAUCUUUGGCUGUGACUUUGACCCUGGUGUUAAAUGGAAUUUUCACUAAUGCAAUCAAGCUAGUCGUGGGCAGGCCACGACCUGAUUUCUUCUACCGCUGUUUCCCGGAUGGCCAAAUGAACCCAGAGCUUCACUGUAGCGGUGACCCGGAUGUAGUGAUGGAGGGCAGGAAGAGCUUUCCAAGUGGACACUCUUCCUUUGCGUUUGCUGGUCUGGGCUUCACUGCCCUGUACUUGGCUGGGAAGCUGCACUGUUUCAGCCCAGUAGGCCGUGGUAAAGCCUGGAGGUUGUGUGCCUUCCUCACCCCCCUCCUCUUCGCUGUCAUGAUCGCCCUCUCCAGAACAUGUGACUACAAACAUCACUGGCAAGAUGUGUUGGUGGGAUCCCUCCUCGGUUUGGCCUUCGCAUACUUAUGUUACAGACAGCAUUACCCAGCUCUCAACGACUCAGACUGCCACAGACCCCUCCGAAUGAGAGAGGCCACGGUUCCUGCGCAGGAACGCAAGCAGGCCAACCCAGGCUACCUCUUACCUUUGUAGAAACUUAACCGGACCAACAACCAUAUACUGUGUGAAAGUUUACCAAGCUAUUUGCUGUGAUUAUGUCUGUUUUUUUUGUUGUUGUAUGUGUGACGCCUGUCAAUCAACGAGCACUUCUCGUUUUUGCCUUCCUAUACCGUUUUAGACAUUCACAGUGAAUGUUUUGUGUAUUGUAGAGCACAAAUGUCUUUGAAAAUUUGUAUCUUCUCAAGCUCUUUGACAUUUAUAUGUGAGCUAUCCUGGUGAAGAAAUAUCUGAAAACCGCUUCUAGGUCAAUUUUAAAACGUUGCAGACGUAUUUAUAGAGAUCCCCAGUGUAUCCAUACAGGAAAUCCCCUGAUAUAUUUGUCAAUAAAGUUUGUGUCGAUUUCUAAUGUAUCGGCUG